CAGAGCACAGAGAAGGAUUGAGAUCAAGCUAAAUACACGAGCGCAUUGUUACCUGGUUAAACAAGCCGAGGACGGCAACCACCGCCGUUAAAGUCAACGGUUGGAUAAGGCGAGAAAAAAAAAGAAGUUUUCGUCAGGAAAACACAAUUAAAGUGAGUUUUUAAGCAGCUGAGAGGAUUUAAAAAGUGAGCACGAGACGUGAGUGGGACCGUGGCAGAUGUAAAAUGACAUCGAUGUAAAGGGAUUAAACAGCGGGGAUGUUAGCAUAAUGAAAACAAUACCCACUUAGUAGGGAGUGACUUCAGAGCCGACAGGAAUGGCUUGAUUUGUCCCCGGGAGAGCGGUGGGACAACACUGACAGAGGCACUCAUGUUCCUGUGGAAGAGGAAGAAAGUUUGCUGCGCUUUAUUCGGAUACAAAUCUACUUUUUGAGCGGCAUUAACUGUUUCUCUACUCGGUGGCAGAGCCUGCCUGUUUAGGUGUCGGCUCAGAACUUGUCCACAAUGUCUAAACCCGUGGUAAAGAAAAACCACUGGACCUCCAGAAUAAACGAGUGCAUCGUUUCCAAGGAUGCCCGUGGUGACUUGAAUGUGUCGCUGCGCGGCGGCGCGGAGAAUGGAGAGUUCGCAUAUAUUGGACAAGUUAGCGAGGAACUUGUGGUUUACAAAAGUGGAAAAUUAAAUGAAGGGGAGCUGCUGUUGGAAGUGGAGAACCUCUCGAUUUCGGGAUUACCUUUGUAUGACGUCCAGACAGUGAUAAAGAACUGCAAAGGCUCCGUCAGGUUGAAAACUGUCAGACAAGGAAGCAAGCUGAACAAGGACCUGAAGCAUUAUCUGAGCCAGCGCUUCCAGAAAUCAUCGCCUGACCACGAGCUGCAGCAGACUAUCCGAGACAACCUCUACCGUCACGCCGUGCCUUGUACAACCCGCGCCCCAAGAGAAGGAGAAGUUCCUGGGGUAGAUUACAACUUCCUCUCAGUGGAGGAUUUCCUUGAGUUGGAGAAAAGUGGGACCUUAUUGGAGAUUGGAACAUAUGAAGGUAACUAUUAUGGGACGCCCAAGCCACCGGUGCAGCCCCCCGGUGGGAAAGUGAUUAGCAAUAGCGGUAGCGGCGGUGAUGCCCCACUGCCAGACGGGCUCAGCGGUAGCCUGCCAGGCUCGCAGCCAUCCACUCCCCGACGCACCAAGUCCUACAAUGACAUGCACAAUGCUGGAAUAGUGCCUGGAGAGCAGCAGCAGGAGGACGACGAGGACCUCCCUGACAUGAACAGUAGCUUUACAGGAGAUUCAAGUGAAUUAGACGAGAUUAAUCACUCAGUGCGAGCCUUCGCCCCCCGCCAGAGUGAACCUCCCUACACUGGGACGACCCCCUCACCACCGGCCACCACGGAGAGCACACAGCAGUCACACCCUCAUCUGAGCCAUCCUCCCCCGGAGGACCCGCUGGGACCUCUGCCUGAUAACUGGGAGAUGGCCUACACCGAGAACGGAGAGGUCUACUUUAUAGACCACAACACAAAAACAACCUCCUGGAUUGACCCUCGGUGCCUGGACAAGCCUCAGAAGCCCCUGGAAGAAUGUGACGAUGAUGAAGGGGUACAUACAGAGGAGCUAGACAAUGACCUCGAACUUCCACCAGGAUGGGAGAAAAUAGACGAUCCAGUGUAUGGGGUCUACUAUGUUGAUCAUAUCAACAGGAAGACCCAGUAUGAGAAUCCAGUGCUGGAGGCUAAGAGGCGCAGGCAGCUGGAGCAGCAGCAGCCUCAACAGCCUCAGCCCCAGAGCCAGCAGCCACCUGAAGGUGAGCGCUACAUCCGAGAAUGGAUUGAGGACUCUGCAUUGGCAGGGGCCCCAUUGGCCAGUUACGCUGCCAACCACCAAGAGACCUACAGGGACCCUCCAACAGGACCCUCAGUGCCCAACGCAAUGGGGCAGAAACGGGGAAAGCCUUUCUUCACUCGGAACCGAUCCGAGCUGAAGGGGACUUUCAUCAAUACCAAGCUGAAAAAGAGUCGUCGGGGGUUCGGUUUCACUGUCGUGGGAGGCGAUGAGCCAGAUGAGUUCCUGCAAAUCAAGAGCCUCGUCCUUGAUGGACCUGCUGCCCUUGAUGGAAAAAUGGAGACAGGUGACGUGAUCGUGAGCGUCAACGACACAUGUGUGCUAGGCUACACCCAUGCCCAAGUUGUAAAGAUCUUCCAGUCCAUCCCGAUUGGCUCCAUGGUUAACUUGGAGCUGUGCCGUGGGUACCCGCUGCCUUUUGACCCAGAUGACCCAAACACCAGUCUGGUUACCUCAGUGGCCAUACUGGACAACAAAGACCCCAUCAUUGUAAAUGGCCAGGAGGCCCCCAAUAGCUACGACUCACCAUCCAGCCAUGGGAGUCAGAACAACAACAAUGGCACGACUAACGGCGGAGCGCCCCUCAACGGCCUCCCUAGACCCCACAGCCCCUCGGCGGAGGUGGCAUCUGAUACCUCUUCCCAACACGGCUACCCCAGUGACGUGGUCACCCUGGCUUCAUCUAUCGCAACACAACCCGAGCUCAUCACUGUACACAUGGAAAAAGGAGACAAGGGUUUUGGUUUCACCAUCGCUGACAGCCCCGGAGGAGGAGGGCAGCGGGUGAAGCAGAUUGUGGACUACCCACGCUGCCGAGGCCUCAAGGAGGGGGACAUAAUCGUGGAGGUGAACAAAAGAAAUGUGCAGAGCAUGUCCCACAACCAGGUGGUUGACCUGCUCAGCAAGUGUCCCAAAGGCAGCGAGGUCACCAUGCUGGUACAGAGAGGAGUGGCACCUGCAAAGAAGAGCCCAAAACUGGAUGAUGAUGAUUUUGAGCUGGCUCCUCCAUACAGAGAUUACACUAGGAGGCAGUUGUCAAGAAAGGACAGUCAGAACAGCUCGCAGCAUAGCGUUUCCAGCCACCGGAGCGCCCAUACAGACUCGCCCGUGCACUCGUCCCUGGCGCCCCCUCUCAACGAGAGCAUCGCUCCCCCGCCUCCCUCUCAGCCCCUUCCGGGUCUGCCCCCCCAGGACUCCCCAGCAGACGGAACAAUCCAGAGAAAACCGGACCCCUUUAAGAUCUGGGCCCAGUCCAGGAGCAUGUAUGAAAGUAGGCUUCCAGACUUCCAGGAACAGGACAUUUUCCUGUGGAGGAAGGACACAGGGUUUGGCUUCAGGAUUCUCGGAGGCAAUGAGCCAGGAGAGCCAAUCUACAUCGGCCACAUAGUGAAGUAUGGAGCUGCAGAUGAGGAUGGACGCCUGCGGUCCGGUGAUGAACUGAUAUGCGUGGAUGGCACAGCAGUUGUGGGAAAGUCACACCAGCUGGUGGUGCAGUUGAUGCAGCAGGCUGCCAAGCAGGGCCACGUGAACCUCACAGUGCGACGCAAAACCAGCUACGCAAUGAAAGCAGAGGGAGAUGUGCCUCCAUCGCCUGCGUCAUCCCAUCACAGCAGCAACCAGGCGCCCAGCCUGACCGAGGAGAUUGGAAAGCGCACCCCGCAGGGCAGCCAGAACUCCCUCAACACAGUCAGCUCCGGCAGUGGCUCCACCUCUGGCAUCGGCAGCGGGGGAGGAGGCGGAGGGGCAGGGGGCAGUGGUAACGCCGUGGUUGCCACUGCAGCUGCUACCACCUCCUCUCAGCCCCCCAACGCCAACCCUUCCACGGUCUCCUCUGGCCUGCAGCCCUAUGACGUAGAGAUCCGGCGUGGCGAGAAUGAAGGAUUCGGGUUUGUGAUCGUCUCUUCGGUGUCGCGGCCUGAAGCUGGCACCACCUUUGCUGGCAAUGCAUGUGUGGCCAUGCCCCACAAAAUAGGACGCAUCAUUGAGGGGAGCCCGGCAGACCGCUGUGGGAAGCUAAAAGUCGGCGACCGUAUCUUGGCUGUGAAUGGAUGCUCCAUUACCAACAAGUCCCACUCUGACAUUGUCAACCUCAUCAAGGAGGCCGGGAACACCGUCACACUACGCAUCAUUCCCGGAGAUGAGUCAUCAAACGCCUCUUUACUGACCAAUGCAGAGAAGAUCGCCACUAUAACCACCACUCACACACCUCAGCAACAGGCUGCACCUGAGGCCAGGAACAACACCAAACCAAAACAGGAAUCAUUUGAAUUCAAAGCCCCUCAAGCCCCUCAAGCCCCUCCGCCUCAACCCCCCACACAACAAGUCUCACCUCAGGAUUCUGAGUUCUACUCGGUGGACCUGGAGCGAGACAACAAAGGCUUCGGCUUCAGUCUGCGGGGUGGCAGAGAAUACAACAUGGACCUGUAUGUGCUGCGGCUAGCUGAGGACGGAGCAGCCGUCCGAAACGGAAAAAUGAGGGUUGGCGAUGAAAUCUUGGAAAUCAACGGUGAGAGCACCAAGGGCAUGAAGCAUGCGCGAGCCAUCGAGCUCAUCAAGAGUGGAGGGCGGCGCGCCCACCUGGUGCUCAAACGGGGCGACGGCUCGGUGCCUGAAUAUGACGGCAGCCCCAACGACAACAUCUCAGCCAGCGCAGCCGCAGGGUUACAAAACGCUGCGGAAGUGAGCACCCUGCCCCCAAUCAAUGCGCCAUCGGAGUCCAGUUUUCCACCAGAACCCAGCCAGUCAUCCCGGAGCAAAAAGGAGCCGACCCGCCAUUCAACUGGCACCGGCAAGCACCACCAUUCCAACCACCGCCACCGUUCUCCCCACAAGAAAACCAGCACAGGAAAACACAAAGGGAGGAAGUCCUCAGGAGGAAAAUACAAGCUGUUCAAGAAGAAGGAUGACAAAGGAAGUGACAGCCGGCACCAUUCCAGCGGGCACCACCGCAGCCGUCACCGUUCUCCUGAGAAGGGGAGGUCACGCAGCGCAGAGAACACCUUGGACAGCCACCACAGGGGACACCGCCAUGGUCGCUCACCAGACCGACGCCACCGUCACCAUUCCCCUAAUCGGCGCCACCGCUCUCCUCAUCGCUCCCCUUACCGAUCUCCCUACCGUUCUCCACACCGCCACAGGUCCCCUCAUCGCUCUCGGCACCGCUCCCCCAGACGCCAUGCCCACUCCUCAGACCCCUACCGCCGCUACGCCUCCCCAGAAAGACAGAACCGAAGCAACGAGAAACCCACUGUGGAAGAGGCCGUAUUGAAGGAGCCACCACCGUCUCCUGAACCCAGCCUCCCACUCUUCGAGGACAGCGUCCUUCGUGAGCCACCAGCUCUUGACCGCCUGAACCGAGAAGCCACGUUCUCUCCACUGCGUAGAGACGACCAGCCUUUCGGGGAGGAGAGCCUGCUGAUGAAAGCCUCCACCAUGGAGAGAGCCUACAGGGGGGACGGCAGCCUGCUGAGGGACGUGGCGUCCAACGGACCCAGGGACACCUACAGAGACAUCACCUUGCCUAGAGUGCGAACCCCUGACUCAGAUUCAGCCUACAAGAGGUACAGUUCGCUGCUUAGGGGGCGCUCACCUGAGAGGAAAGACAUCUUCGCCAGCAGAGGAAGCUCUCCUGAGCCUCGGUACCGAACCCGCAGCCUGGGUCGAGACAUCUCCCCGAUCAGGAGCAACAGACGGGACGACUCGGAGGACGAAGAGGACGACGACAACUUUGUAGCAGAGAAGGUGAGGGAGUACUACAGCACGCUCCAGAACAACACCAGUCGCCCAACUAAGGCAACACUACCAGAGCCUAAGAAGACCUACAAGGGAAACCCCAAAGACCUGAGCAUCUGAUUGGACGGCCGUCUGCCAAUCACAACAUCUACCCACAAUAAACCUCAAAUACUCUUCUGAUACCAUUUGGUUCAACAGAAAUGCAUCCAGUUGUGAACUAACAAACACAAUUACACACCAGACGACACAUAAACGCUCAAAUACUCACACAUAAUUUAACAAGUUACUAACAAGAUUCCACAAUGACUUUUAAAGCUGUUUUUUUUUUCUUUCUUUUUCUAAUUGUACGUUACUUUUCUUGUUUUUGGUUUAGCAUUCUACAUUUACAGUAAAUGACAGACUUUUCCAGAAAAUGUAAAACCAUAAAAAACAAUGAUGUGCCUAACAGUUCCAUAAACGAGCAACAUUUUUUGAUUUCGAUUUGAUACGUGACGGGCAUUUUGUGCCGCUGUCGCUGUCAGAUGAUGAAAUGUAUGUACUUUUUCCACGAGGAGCCCAUGGAAGUACCGCGCACCCGGAUCACUGUAACCGGUGCUCACAAUGAUGCUGUGCAUGUCUUUACCGGUUUCAAUGUCUCUCUCUCUUUCUCUCUCUCUCUGUCUCUCUCUUUCUCUCACUCUCUCCCCAGUGCCACUGUUUUUUAGACAUUUGACCAGACUAUAGCACAAGCCUGCAUUUGUUUGUAUAUUUUUGACAGUUUGCAGUAUGUGUACAUUCAGAGGUGAUCAUUUUAAAUGAAUGAAGGGGAAAUUAAAAGUUAAACUAUGAUGAUGAUGUUAAAAUAAAAUAAUA